AUGCAUCCCGCCUUACGACUCGACGAGAUCUUGCUCGAUGUUGCACUUCACGUCCCGUCGAAUGGGGAUCUUUUGACUAUGGCUCAGCUAUGUCGCUCCACCAACGGGCCAGCAAUCGACGUUUUGUGGUCGAAUUUACCAUCAAUCAUUCCCCUAGUUCGAUCUCUCCCAUCCGACCUCGUCGAAAGAACGGAAAGAGUGUACUGUGGAAAUACCACACCUCAAUCGAUAACACAGCAAUACAAAUUCACUCGGCCUUUCACCCCCGCUGACUGGGCCAUCUUCCGCAGGUAUUCAAGUCGGGUGAUUAAGCUGCGCGGGGCACAAUCCAUGCUUAGCAAGAUUUCGGGAAGUCGUCGCAUACCCAUCACCCAAAAGGUCGACCCCAUGGUCUUCGACAUCCUCCUCCCGCCACUAUCCGUGCAGCCAUUGUUCUCAAAAUUGCGGGACUUGACUUGGGUGGACUCGGAUACAGAAAAGGAGUUCGGGUUUCUUCGCUUCCUUUGCAGCCCAUCGAUGACUUCGCUUCGUAUCCGCCCAAUCAAUUUCAGCUUAGCGACAUGGAGCCUUAUUUCGCAACUGGGCAACAUGUGUCCGUCUAUCACGAUUUUCUGGUGGCAGCAUGCCAUGGAUCAAACGCAUCUCCCCGACAAUGUUAUCAAAGUCAUAUCAAACGUCGCAAGGGAAUGGGUUCAUCUCAGGAGUUUGACGACUCCUAUCCUUGACUUCAGCCAGGCGUUCAAAGAUGUAUCCUCCUUCAAAUCGUUACAGGACCUGUCUACUGCCCUUGAUGGUCGUCGUAUGAGUUCUACCAUGAGGAGGUCCUUCGCACUCCCCGCUUUGAGCAAUCUGAUACUGCGAGCUCCUCCUCAACACUCCAUGGAAACCAUUGCGACCCUUAUAGAGAAAAUGAGCAUUGCGCCCAGCGAUACUCAUUCGAAUGUCACCCUGCGUGCUCUCCAAGAGCUCAUCGGCCGCCUCCCAGAUCUCGAGUCUCUCAUAAUCGCCAUCGACGCAGAGCGCACACAGCUAAAAGAAAGCGACCUUGAGAUGGCCGUGAACGCAGCCGGACUCCAUGGAAGGAAUGCCCGCACCGUGAAAGCCCUUUUUUGCCUCGACUUGCUUGACUCGCGCGUAAGCGAGCCCAAUAUUCCCAUCAUCGCAGCUUUCCUUUCGGACCUAUGCAUCAACGCCGAUUGGCUCAACUACUGGGCGUUCACUGGAGCGAAGAGUGAUGGAAGAGACGUACAAAAUGACGCGAGUACGCAAAGACGGAGGUGGGACGAGAUCAGAAAGUUGACAGGUGUCAUGCACCAAGUCAGGAGGCAGGAAAAGGCUCGAUGGACGGGGGAUUCGGAUAUACAGUGUUCGUGA